CAGAAGUUCAACUUGUCGUAGAAGAGACUAAUUCAAUCUAUUUCCUCUUUAUUUUUUUUCUUUAAUAAUUUUUUUAAACUUUUUUAAUUAAUAACAAUGUGGAUUUAUGGAGGAAGACAUUACACCCAAUUGGUAAAUAUAAAUAUACCUGCUAAAUGAAUCAUCAGGUUCACGAAGGUUCUGCUUUCUUGAUUAACCAAGAAGAAGAAAUUUGAACUCAGUGAGUCGAAAUCGAUAAAAAUGGCGAACGAGCCAACUCGUAUACUGAUGGGGGUGAACGAAUCGACGAUCAAGGGAUACCCACAUGCUUCCAUAAGUAGCAGAGGAGCAUUUGAAUGGACUCUCAAGAAGAUCAUUCGCGACAAUACCUCUGGAUUCAGACUCCUUUUCCUCCAUGUUCAAGUUCCCGACGAAGAUGGUUUUGAUGACAUGGAUAGCAUAUUUGCAUCACCAGAUGAUUUUAGAAAUAUGAAUCGUAGGGACAAAAUCCGAGGAUUACAUCUGUUGGAGUACUUUGUGAACCGAUGUCACGAAUAUGGGGUUGCUUGCGAGGCAUGGAUCAAGAAAGGGGAUCCCAAAGAAGUUAUUUGCCAUGAAGUUCGACGCGUUAGACCAGAUUUACUUGUUGUGGGAAGCAGGGGACUUGGUCCAUUCCAGAGGGUAUUCGUAGGAACUGUCAGUGAAUUUUGUGGGAAGCAUGCUGAAUGCCCUGUCAUCACAAUCAAACGCAGUGAAGCUGAAUCUCCUCAGGAUCCAAUUGACGAUUGAUUACUGAUGUGUGUGUUAUAUGCUGUCCAGUUAGUAGAAGAAUGUCAUUGGUUUUUUAUUGCUUUUGGAUGAUGCAGUAGUAUAUCAUUUCAUAGCCUGCUUCUUCCCUUGUUUCCUUUGAUUUAAAGUUUCCCAUUUUCGAGGCAGCUUGUAGAAUAUGCUUGUGAAUAUUGAAUUGAGUUUGAAACAUCUAUGAAGUAGAGAUUGUUCUUGUUCUAGAAUCAACACCGCAGCUCUCCCAGAUUUGUUGUGUUCACCGAAAUUUGUUUUGGCAAACUUAUUAUGAGGGGAGUAGUUUUUCUUAUUUUGGCUGGUCAAUUUGGAGUUGUUGAAGAUUUUAUUUGUUAAUUACAUAAAGUCCUUUUU